ACUUGGUUUAUCCAAGUGCCCCUAGCGACAGACGGGUGUAUUGCACUUGCUGAUAACUGCUAGUGCUUUCGGAUUCAUCACUGCCUGUGUGCAUAGCAUUCGCUGUGUAGACCAGACACGAGUGAAAUAGCAGGGCAUAUGCGGUGGUAACCGAGCGAACGUACUGGAAUCUCCAAACAGUCCCCGGAACGGAUUACUGCCUAGAAUCUGGUUGCUAUUCGUAUACGUGGGUUUUUAGCGCACUGUUCUACCAACUGCGGGCCUCUCCAGUUUACUGAAAAGUGGGUGUCUGCUCAGCGGUGUUGAAGCAGCGGCGAACACAUAAGUGUUCUCGAUGGCUGGCUGGAAAGACGGCUCGGUGCAGGAAAAGUAUCGGCUGGUGGUGGUUGGAGGUGGCGGUGUCGGGAAAUCAGCCCUAACUAUCCAGUUCAUUCAGUCCUACUUUGUCACAGACUAUGACCCCACGAUUGAAGACUCCUACACCAAGCAGUGUGUGAUCGACGAGAGGGCAGCCAGGCUUGACAUCCUGGACACUGCAGGCCAAGAAGAGUUUGGAGCCAUGCGAGAACAAUACAUGAGGACAGGGGAGGGCUUCCUGCUGGUCUUCUCCGUCACCGACAGAGGAAGCUUUGAAGAAAUCUACAAAUUCCAAAGACAAAUUCUUCGAGUGAAAGACCGGGAUGAGUUCCCCAUGAUCCUUGUAGGAAACAAAGCAGAUCUUGAUCCACAGAGACAAGUUACCCAGGAGGAGGGACAACAGUUAGCCAGACAACUAAAGGUCACAUACAUGGAGGCCUCAGCUAAAGUACGAAUGAAUGUAGACCAGGCUUUUCACGAGCUGGUUAGAGUCAUCAGGAAAUUCCAGGAGCAGGAAUGUCCACCUUCGCCGGAACCCACGAGGAAAGAAAAAGACAAGAGCGGCUGUCAUUGUGUGAUUGUCUGAGUAGGCCUUAUCGUUAUAUUACCCCUGCAGCCUGUUUGAAAUGGCCACGCCCUCUGCCUGACAACACGUCCUCCCAGGAGGACUUCAGCAUGACUUCAGACCACUUCGCCAGCCGCGCUUUUAGCAGAAAACUGCUUCCCCUGCCUGACUGUACACAAACUGACAAUGCCAAAUUGAAACACCACGCUACCUUCCUGAGCAACCCCCUCACGUCACAAUAAGAGAGUCCCAACACUAAACAUUGCCUUCCUAAUCACGUAACAAAUUAAUGUUUUGUAAUCUAAAGGACUGCUCUCGCCUUGUUGUGUCAUUGUACUGCCUGAGAUUGUAUAUUCAUAUGUAUGUAUACAUAUAUGUGUGUGUGUAUAUAUAUAUAUAUAUAUAUAUAUACAUGUGUAUAUAUAUAUAGUGUCUUAUCAGGCAAAAGAGAUUAUCUUAAGAUUUGAGUAUGUUGUGCCAUAUCCAUUUUUACUCAUGUGUUAAUUCUGCUACUGUACAUAUCUGACAAUUGUUGUGAUUUUCAAAGUGUAUUUCUAAUGACUUAUUAAAUCACCUCAGUACAGCGUGUGAGGAUGAAAUUGGUUUUAAAUGCACAGAAAAAAACGAUAUAAAUAUAUAUGUAGGUAUAAUUAAUCUGUCUCAAUAGACCUUGAAGUUACAAUGAUGUAACUGUUUGGCAUCUUCAAUGGCUAUCUUGCACUGUAAGUGGAAUCUGCUUUAAUCUCAAUCAUGAUACAUGGCAUUUCUACUUUAUUGGCAUUUUUCUUGUAAAAUGUUAAAUACACAUCCAAUACAUGCACCUCUUCUUAUUGCAAAAAAGAAGGUGUUGUGAGCCUUAUCCUCACGGAGUAACACUGAUCUACUUGUCCUCCGUCAUCUUCAGACAAGCAGAGGAGAGAACAAAAAAAUAGUUUGUCGCAUAUUGUUUAUUUAUGAGGAACUAUAUUUUCACCUCCAAAUUGAUCUCUUUGUUUAACCUCUCAAAUGGCCCAUAAAAAAAUCUAUAAAAGUUCACAGCCGUCUCAAAUCAUUCCUGUUGUAUAUUAACCCUCAAAGAUAUUAUCUGGAAUAGAUUGUGUGUGUUUAAGAAUACAUCAAGUAGCAGAUACAUCAUACUGAAUACAUGAUGUAAAUGUUAUAGGUUCUUAAAAAUAUACCCCUGGUCAAUGAUAAGAUGCGUACCACCAACACGAUUUCUUUGUAAAUGCCAAAGCCCUGGCUCUAGUUGUCUAGUCAUAUAAACAAGGUCUUCAAAAAUAUAGUUUUACCUCUCCCUUCCACAUCUCUCUAACCUCCAAGGCUUAUCAAUUAAGAUUGUUCUUGUAUUAUUAUCUUGUAACAUAAAACAAAACCAGAAAAUUAUCAUGGAAGUAAUGGAAUUGACUCAAUGUUUUUACUCUACUUUUAUACAUUAUUUUCUUAUCAAACUAGCUAACAGGUAUUUUUAUAUGUUUAUAUGCUUACGAGAUGUGUAUAAAGAAUAAUAUUUAAUUAUUUUGAUUGUUUUUAGCUGGUGAUGAAUGUGGGCCCUUAUUCGCUUCAGUUAUAUUCUUAACCAACAUCUGAUCAGUAAUGUUUUAUUUGUUAUUUUUUAUGUCGGGGGGCGGGGGGGUGAUCUUGACGUCUAUACAUAAACGCAGUCGUAUCACUGACGUUUAGAACAAUUAUCAACCCCGAGGGUAUGCAGAUGUAGUGUACAUUAUAUAUAAUAGUGUUUUCGUCUCUGUCCUUUACCACCUGUUUAGCUUUUGGUGCUAUAAUAAAACCUGUGAUUGAGCUAA